AUGGAAGAGAUGGAAGGAAAGCUGUGCUCUGGAGCAGGUUGCGAAAAACCAGCAAAACUUCGCUGUCCAACUUGCAUCAAGAAAUUGCUUCCCGACGCCUUUUUCUGUGAUCAAACUUGUUUCAAAAGCAACUGGUCAACCCACAAAAAUGUUCAUACAGAUUUGAACGGUCCAUACAAUCCGUGGCCAUUCUUUUCAUACACCGGAACAUUGAGACCAGCGAAAUUAUCAGAACGACGAACUGUUCCCGAACAUAUUCCUCGUCCAGAUUAUGUAUUGCAUCCAGAAGGAGUUUCGCUUGAAGAAAGGCAAUCGAAAAAUGAACGAAUUAUCAAAGUUUUAACAGAUGAUGAGAUUGAGGGUCUCAAAGUAGCCUGCAAAUUAGGAAGAGAAUGUUUAGAUGAAGCUGCGCGAGUUUGUGAUGUUGGAGUGACAACGGAUGAAAUUGAUCGAGCUGUUCAUGAAGCAGCCAUCGAACGAGAUUGUUAUCCAAGUCCUCUCGGUUACUACAAAUUCCCAAAAAGUUGUUGCACUUCAGUCAACGAAGUUAUUUGUCACGGCAUCCCAGAUGUUCGACCGCUAGAAAAUGGUGAUCUUUGUAACGGUAAGAAGAACUUUCUAAAUAAAAUAAAUACUGUACCAUGUGAUAUUUUCAGUGGACGUCACUGUAUUUCACCGUGGUUUUCACGGUGAUUUGAAUGAAACAUUCCUUGUUGGCGAUAAAGUUGAUGCGGAAUCGCGAAAAUUGGUGCAAACCACUUAUGAAUGUUUGCAACAGGCGAUUGCAAUUUGUCGGCCAGGUGUAAAAUUCCGCGAGAUUGGAAAUGUUAUUCAAAAACACGCGAAUGCGAAUGGGUUUUCGGUUGUUAAAAGUUUCUGUGGUCACGGAAUUCAUCGACUUUUCCACACCGCUCCAAAUAUUCCACAUUAUGCUAGUGAGUUUUAUUUCAUCUUCGAGGGCUCGAAAUAAGGUUAUUUGUUUCAGAAAAUAGUGCACUUGGGGUUAUGAAAGCUGGAAAUGCGUUCACUAUUGAACCAAUGAUUAAUAUUGGAACACAUCACGAUGAAAGAUGGCCAGAUGAUUGGACUGCUGUUACGGUAGGGAUUUCACAAAAAAAAUUAGAAAUGAAAUCUUGUUUCACGUCAUAAUUUUCACGUAAAAUAAUUAUUUCAUUUCAAUUUUUUUCAGCGAGACGGCAAACGUUCUGCACAAUUCGAGCAAACCCUAAUUAUCACCGAAACCGGUUGCGAAAUCCUGACCGAUCGAAGCUCGAAACGCGCCUGGUUCUACGACCAAAUCGAGCAAAAAUAUUAG